AUGAACGAGCCGGAAAAGAUAGAUGACUUCGCGGGAAAUUUAUCUGAACUAGCUUCAAAAUCGGCUUCUCUAGGGAAAACAAUUGAAGAACCAAAACUUGUGAAUAAGUUUCUUAACAGUUUGCCUAGGAGUAAUUUCAUUCGUAUCAUCACCUCUCUCGAGCAGGUGUUGGAUCUGAAGACGACGAGUUAUGAAGAUAUAGUAGAAAGGCUUAAGGCGUAUGAAGAAAGAAUUCUCGAGGAGGAGAAUCACAGAGAAGCCCAAGGCAAGCUACUAUACGCUAACUCAGAUCAACAAAGUUUUUCAAGCUCAAGAGGGAGAGAACGUGGUAGAGGUGGCAGAGGAAACAGAGGACGAGGCAGAGGAGGCGGGUCUAACUCACAAGAACGAUCAACAAAUCAGAACCAAUCAAAGGAGAAGAAGGAUCGGUCGAAGACACAGGAGGCAAAUAAAGUGGAGACAGAAGAAGCUAAGGCACUUUAUAUGCAUGAGAUUGUGUUUUUGAGAAACAAAGCAUUUUUCUCUGAGCUCAACGAAAACAUAAGGGGCAAAAUGAAGUUUGGAGAUGGCUCUUGCGUGGGAAUAGCUAGAAAAGGAUUGAUUCUGUUUCAAAGUAAAGCAGAUGAGCAGAAACUCGUAUCAGAUAUCUACUAUAUAUCUGAGCUUAAAAGCAACAUUCUGAGUCUAGGACAAGCCACUGAAUCCGGCUGUGAUGUCAGAAUGAGACAGGAUUACUUGACUCUCCAUGAUCCGAGUGGAAGACUCUUGGUGAAGAUUUGA